AUGACUUUCCAAGAUUAAAUUAUAGAUUUUUCUAAAUUUAUCAAAGAAUAAUUUGUUGAAUCAAAUAGUUAAACUUUAAAUUUGAUUUAGAAUAAAUAGUAAUAACAAAAUGAAUAAAUUAUAAAUUAACUUCAAUAAAUUAAUCAAUAAACUGCUUAAACUAAAAAAUAACAAUAAGAAACAUUAUAAAUCAUUAAAUAAAUUUAAUAACCAUAGGACAUUAAUUAAUCUCAAAAAUAGUAAAUGAAUUUAUUUUAAAUAUAAAUAUAAAACAAAGAACAAGAUAUUUAAGAUAAAAUUAAGAGAAUUAAAGAAUUAGAAACUAAAAUUGAAAUUUAUGAUCAAAAUCUGUAAAUGUUUGAGUAGAAUAAAAGUGAAGAAUUAAAUAAAAAUAAUAAGCUUGAAGAAAAAGUUAAACAAUUAGAAUUUUAAAUAUAAUAGGAAAAAAACAUUCUUUAAGAGUAAAUAAUAAGUCGUGAUAAUAAAAUAAACGAAUUUGAAACUAUUAUUGCAAAUUAAAAUAAAAAAAUAACAGAAGUAAAUUCCGACAAUUAGAAAUAUCUUAAUUUACAAUAAGACUUCUAAAAUUAAGAAAAAGAAAUAAUCUAAGAGUUAUAGAAAAAAAUUUAAGAUUAAUCAAGUUAAAUUAAAAUAUUUGAAUCCCAGAAUUAAGACUUAUAAAAUCAACUACAAUUAAGUUAAAAUGAAUAGAAAUAAAUAAAAGAACUUGAAAGAAAAAUUUAAGAAGUCUUAAAUUAAAAUGAUGCUUUAUAAUAAAUAAAAAAUUAAUAAAAUAUGUAAUUAGAAUAGUAUCAGAAUAUUAUAAAAGAACAAGAAAGUAAAUUAAGAGAAUUUGAAUCAAAUAAAUUAAAAAAAAAAAAAAAAAAUUCCACAUAAAUUAAAGAAUAUUAGAAUUAGAUAGAAUAAUUAUAAAUUAAAUUAAAAGAAUAAAACGAUAAAAAUUAUAAAUAAGAAGAUUAAGAUUUAAAUAUUAAAAAUGAUUUUAAUUUUUAAGAUUAAUUAAUUUAAGAAAAUCAAACAGAAUCUUUAGAAAAAACAAGAAAUAAUAUUAAUGUUAAAGACUAAUAAAUAAAUUAAAAAGUAUAACUUCUAGAAGAAAUGAAAGCUAUAAUAGAAUAAUUAAUUCCUUAAGAAUAGGAAUCUAAUAUUAAAUCAAAUUAAAAAUAAUAAACUUAAAAAAAGCCAUUAUAAAAAGACUCAAAACAAACUUAAAAGUAAAUAAACGAGCAAUAGCAAAAACUCAAAGAUCAACUUCUGAAUAUAAUGUAAAAAAUAGUAUCACUAACUAAAAAAGGUGAAUAAGAGCAUAAUGAGGUAAGAACAUACUUUUUUGAUAAACCCAAAAUUAAUUUUAGUUAAUUAAAUUAGAUUAUUGAAAAAUUCUAUUCCGCAAUUUAAACCUAAUAGUAAAACAAAUAAGAGUUCAAAUAAAAUCAAAAGGAUGAUGUUAUUUAAAAUUCCUAAAAACAAGAUGAAUCGAAUAAAUAAAUAAGGCAUUCAUCUCCUAUAAAAAAUAUCAACAAAAAGUGA